CACUGUGCACAAAUGCAGAAACGAAAAGCAGGGAGGAAGAAGUUCCAUGAGACACGUCACCCGGUGUACAAAGGUGUGAGACAGAGGAACGGGAAAUGGGUGUCUGAGUUACGACAACCUAAUAACAAAAACGCACGCGUGUGGCUUGGAACCUUCGCACGCCCCGACAUGGCUGCUGUUGCGUACGACGUUGCUGCUUUGGCUUUCAAGGGUGAUAACGCUUCCUUGAACUUCCCUGACGCGAUUUCUUCAUUGCCGCAUCUCAACUCGGCUACGUCCUCUGUCAAGACCAUUCAGAUUGCCGCGACAGAAGCAGCGGAGAAGCACUUUUCUUGUGCCGAGUUUCAAAAGCUGGGAGACUAUCUUUCUUCAGAGGGAGGUUCUGGAAGCUUCUCUUGGGAUGAAGAUUGUUCGGAGCUGUCAUCUGAAGAGAGUUCUAGAAAGUUCUUUUGGGAUGAGGAAGAGGUGUUUAACAUGCCGGAGUUGUUGAACAGCAUGGCGGAAGCGUUGGUCAUUACACCCCCUGCUUUGCAGAAAGGGUUCAAUUGGGUUGGUGGGGAAACCACAGUAGAUUUGACUCUGUGGCGAAACUGA